AUGUUAUCACUAUUGAAUGGAUUCUUUAUACCAUCGGCCUCUCGCCUUUCCCGAUUGAUCCUGAAGAAACCAAACCCUGGUAUUAUCCAUCGAUUGUCGCACCCAAACGCAGCUCCUCCCAGGUUAAAAUCGCAUAUAUCCAGGCUCAAUUCGGUACACAAACGAUGUUCAACAGCUGCAUCUAGCAGUAAUGAUUCCAAAACUCAGCACCAUGGCAAUAAUAUUACGAAUAACACGGAUGGACCGCGGGGUCGCUCACGAUAUUCGUUUGGCAGAAAUGCUGCACUCGACACAUUUUUAUUCACAAUCCAGGGGUUAGCUCUCUUCAUAGUUUUCCGCGAACAUGUUUUGGAUGUCAAAUGGAUCAGCGGUGCAUCUAUGUCACCAUAUUUAAAUAAGGGCUACAAUAUCGACAAUAUCGAUAGCGAGAUGGUGCUGGUGGACGUCACAUAUGCCACAAAGCUGCAUUUAAAAAGAGGAAUGGUGGUGGUAUUUCCAACUGAACCAAGCAAAUUGUCUGUGAAACGUAUCAUAGCCCUACCGGGCGAUGUUGUCACCACACGACCGCCGAAGUCUGGAGAGGGAGACCAAAAAACCCAGAUUGUUCCCUGGAAUCAUGUUUGGGUCGAAGGUGACGCAACUGAUCCCGACUUGUCGUUUGACAGCAAUACCUAUGGCCCUAUAUCUAUGGGUUUGAUAAAGGGGCAGGUUAUGUGCGUCUUACGCCCUAAAUGGAGGACUUUGAAGUGGUGGGAGUGGGAGAAUGAAAACGAUCCUGUGGAGAGUGGUGGAGAUUAUGGAAAGAGCCAAAGGAUGAGGGUCAAGAAAGAUGCAGUUACUGUUUACGACCCUAACAUGAACUAG